AUGAAUUUUCCACCGGUUAACUUACACAUUGGUACGGGUGGCAAUGGUUAUGGUGUAGGAAAUUUGCCUCUUGGUGCACAAAGUCCAUAUGGUGCACUUCGUCUGGGUCCUGAUACAAGCGACACAUUCGAUAUUCCAAUAAUAUUCGAACAUUGUGGCGGCUAUCAUUAUUCGGAUAAAUAUAUCAACGCUUUUUCACAUACACAUAUGUUCGGCGCCGGCCUUCAAGAUUAUGGCGAAGUCGGUGUUUUUCCAAUUCAAGUGGAAGAUGAUGAUCAUCUACAACAUAUGAUUGCAAAUAGAUAUAAUUAUCGAAGACCAUUCUCUAAACUUUCUGGCGGUGUAACAACAUAUUUUGUCAUUACAUUCACGAAUUGGACAAAUUUCGGUGUUUGGACAAAUGGCCAUCUAGUCCAGGGACAAACAACAACCGAUGGAUGCUCAUCAGGUGCCUACGUUAUUUUACCUGAUGAUCAACAACAAGUAACAGCCUAUGUUGGUAUUAGUUUUAUUUCAAUUGAACAAGCACAUAUCAAUUUACAAGUACAAACUGAACUACAAUUAUUCGAUUCCAUUCGUGAACUUGUACAGCAAAAAUGGUUUAAUGAAAUAUCUCGUUUUGAGGUCAGUGCUGAAUGGAAUCGUGAAGCCGAGAUUAAAUUCAAUACGGCUAUUGUUCAUUCACUAUCGAGUCCAACACAGUGGGACGAAUCGAACGGUGUCUAUUUGGGUUUUGAUGGUCAAGUUCAUACGAAACCUGAUUAUAUGGAACAUAUCUAUACGGAUUUAUCCAUAUGGGACAUUUUUCGAACGCAAAUACCAUUCAUUAUUUUUCAUGAUUCACAAAGAGCCAAUGAUAUUAUUCAUUCAAUUAUGCUUAAUGUUGAACAAGGUGGUGAUUUGCCAAAAUGGCCAUUUGCUAAUAUCUACACAAAUUGUAUGAUCGGUUCACAUGCUGAUAUUAUGCUAAGUGAUUUAAUUAUGAAACGUGAGCACAAUAUUCAUCUCAAUAUGACUCAAGUUAUUGAAGCAUUACGAAAAGUUGCCAAUCAAGCGCAAAAGCAUGAUAGUCGUUUUGAUUCACCUACAUACAUAAAAUAUCAAUAUGUACCAUAUGAUAUGGAUUCAAAAUCGGCAUCACAAACACUGAGCUAUGCAUACGAUGAUUGGGCCAUCGGUAAUGUAAUGUACGCUGCAGGUCUUGUUGAUGAAGCUCAAGAGUACUAUAAUCGAUCUCUAUGGUUUGAACAUAUAUUUGAUAAUAAAACAAAAUUUUUCUGUCCUCGAAAUAGUACUGGUGAAUUUUAUUGUCCAUCAAAUGAAAUUGAACAACUUAAUCCAUUCGAUAAUCUUUAUGUAGAAGGUGAUGCUUGGCACUAUCGUUUCUUUGUACCACAUAAUACACGGCGUCUUAUCGAUUUAUUUGGCGGUCCGGAAAUAUUUGUUCAUGAACUUGAUACGUUUUUUAUGCGUAGUCAAAUAUGGACAUCGACAAUAUUACCAAAUCCAUAUUACUGGGCAGGAAAUGAACAUGAUCUAUUUUCUGUUUGGCAAUUUCACUAUUCUAAUCGGUCUGAUCUUACUCAAUUUCAUUCACGUUGGUUACUAGAUCAUGUUUAUACAACCAACCCCGACGGAAUACCAGGUAAUGAUGAUUAUGGUACAAUGCCAGCGUGGUACAUUUUUGCUAGUAUGGGUUUUUAUCCAUUAGCCGGUUCAUCUACGUAUCUAAUUGGUAGUCCUGCAUUUGAUCGUAUUACAAUUCGUCGUAAUAAUGGCCAAUGCACACUCACAAUUAUUGUUCAUAAUAAUUCACCUGAAAAUAUAUAUGUUGAACGUCUACUACUCAACGGUCAAAUUCUAUCAACAUUUCCAUUCAUCGAUCAUGUCGAUCAUCUUCAAUGUUCUACUGGAGCAUCGUCAGUACAACUUGACUUUUUCAUGUCAUCCACAUUCUCAACUGAUAAAUAA